UUAAUCAAAAUUAAAAGCAUGCUCCAAUCAAAUUCAUGAAUUUUACACCAGUGCAAAACUUUUUCUGCUGAACGCAACCUCUGUUCUAAUUGGUGCAUUUCUGAAGAUGGAUGAAAAUGCACUAAUCAAAAGAGUAUUUCCACUCAGUACGCAAUCCAGCGCGAAAACAAGCUUCGUGUGCCACUGGUUUAGUAUAGAAAUCGAAAACAAAAUUAUAGCGUACGGUACAUUUAUUUAUAUUGUAAUUUUUAAUAGUUAAACGUGUAAAAUAUUGCAACGUAAUUCAAUGCGUAAAAGAAACUCACGUGUGCUAUAGGAGGUAUUUGGACAAUUUGGGUGCUGUUGUAAGGAAUAUCCAUUAUCCAAGUCACUGAAGUGAUAUUAAAAUGGGUUGUACAUCUGAUCAGGAUAGUGAAAAUGUUUCAUCCAAUUUACAAAAUGAGCAUGAUGCUAAAAUAUCUGUCAUUCAAAAAAGAAAGAAGUAUAAGUGCAACCAUCCAGACUGUGAUGCUAUAUUUUCAAAACCUUCCAGAUUAGAGAGACAUAUAAGGCAACACACUGGAGAGAGACCAUAUAUUUGUAAUGCACCAGGGUGUACUAAGUCAUAUGUUUCUUCUUGCCACCUAAAAAGACAUUUAAAAACACAUGAUCUCAUUGAAACAGUGUAUAAAUGUUCGCAGUGUUCACAAAUGAUUGUUAAUGCUUGCAAUCUGAAACGUCAUUACAAAGAACAACAUGGCAAAGGUAAAAUUAUUUGUGAAGAAUGUGGCAUGGUGUUUAAUAAAAAAUUUGAGCUAGCUAAACACUGUAACAUUGUACAUUUUAAAUCUACAAUACACAAGUGUGAUAAAUGUCCCAAAAGUUUCGGAAAUAUCAAUAAACUGAAACGUCACGAGAAAAACCAUGAGAAGACUUACUCUUGCCAAAUUUCUGGAUGUUCAGAGGUAUUUUGUAAAUGGUCUCUUUUGCGUAAACAUCAAACAGAACAUAAGAAUUCGGUUUCAGAACACAAAUGUGACAAAUGUAACAAGAUUCUCCGUACAAAAACACAAUUAAAAUUACAUUCUAAAAUUCACUCUGAAGAUCGAAUGGUUAUACCAUGUCCAUAUGACAAAUGUCAUAAAGCUUAUUACUACAAAUCUAACCUGGAACAGCAUAUAAAAAUUAAGCAUCUUGGGGAGAAAUUUUACUGCGAUAUAUGUUCCGUAGGACUUACAUCUAAACAGAGAUUAAUAGAGCAUAUUGAACGACAUAAUGAGCCACAUAGUGACCCUAGCAUUAAGAAAAAUAACUCUAACAAAAUACAACGAAAAAAAAGAAAAGACAGUGGCAUACCAAAAAAAAGUGUGAUAGGUAAAUUGAUUGGGAUUAAUUUUCCUAAUAAUGUAGAAAAGCUGCUAUUGAAGCGGGAAGCGACGAUCAAAGUCUCAGUCAUCUGAUAAACCAUCAAAUGAUAUAUAAGUUGAACCUGUAAAACAUACAUCAUAAAUUAUCAAUAUGACAUUUUAUAUAAUUAUGUAAUGUGUAUCAGUUACAAAAUAGUUUUAUUAAAAACUGUUACAAUAAAAUAACAUUUAUGUAAAUAUAUAUAAUAUUGAGCGAGA